CAGCCAGAUGGGCAGAUGCCCAGUGACAAAACUAUUGGAGGUGGAGAUGACUCCUUUAAUACCUUCUUUAGUGAAACCGGGGCUGGGAAACAUGUGCCCCGAGCUGUCUUUGUGGACCUAGAACCUACUGUGAUUGAUGAGGUUCGGACUGGCACAUACCGUCAACUCUUCCACCCAGAACAGCUGAUCACCGGAAAGGAAGAUGCUGCCAAUAACUAUGCUCGUGGUCACUACACUAUUGGCAAAGAAAUAAUUGAUUUGGUGUUGGACAGGAUCCGAAAGCUGGCAGACCAAUGCACAGGGUUGCAGGGAUUCCUCAUCUUUCACAGUUUUGGAGGAGGCACCGGAUCAGGCUUUACUUCCCUGUUGAUGGAAAGGCUCUCCGUGGACUAUGGCAAGAAGUCCAAGCUGGAAUUCUCUAUUUACCCAGCACCUCAAAUAUCAACAGCUGUGGUGGAGCCCUACAAUUCAAUCCUCACCACCCAUACCACCCUUGAGCACUCAGACUGUGCUUUCAUGGUGGACAACGAAGCCAUCUAUGAUAUCUGCCGUAGGAACCUGGACAUUGAGCGGCCAACUUACACAAACCUGAAUAGGCUGAUUGCCCACAUUUUCUUCACUUUGUCCUCAUCAUUGGCAAACUGA